GCCUGAUGCAUUUCUCCUCAGAGUAGUGUAGAGCUUCCUGUGGUCGUGGUUGGAGCGGGCGGCUUCAGACAGCUGUCCCUGGAAGCUGCAGCAUGGGACGUGCUGAGGUGUAUGUUGGUGAGCUUCCUCAAGACUUUCUUCGUAUUACCCCAACCCAGCAGCAACAGCAAAUCCAGCUGGACGCCCAGGCAGCUCAGCAGCUGCAGUAUGGAGGACCAAUGAGUACAGUGGGCAGACUGAGCAUUACUGUAGUACAGGCAAAAUUGGCAAAGAACUAUGGAAUGACCCGCAUGGAUCCCUACUGCCGGAUACGGCUGGGGUAUGCUGUGUAUGAAACCCCCACAGCACAUAAUGGAGCCAAGAACCCUCGCUGGAACAAAGUGAUUCAGUGCACUGUUCCUCCGGGUGUGGACUCUUUUUACCUAGAGAUAUUUGAUGAGCGCGCCUUUUCAAUGGAUGAUCGCAUUGCUUGGACACACAUUACGAUUCCUGAAUCUCUAAAACAAGGAAAUGUGGAGGACGAAUGGUACAGCCUGAGUGGAAGGCAGGGUGACGACAAAGAAGGAAUGAUUAACCUGGUGAUGUCAUACACGUCUUUGCCAGCUGCCAUGAUGAUGCAGCCCCAGCCAGUGGUUCUGAUGCCCACUGUAUACCAGCAAGGCGUGGGAUAUGUGCCUAUAGCAGGGCUUGAAUACUUUGCUCUGGGAAUGCCUGCAGUCUGUAAUCCUGACAUGGUCCCUGUGGCAAUACCACCUCCUGCAGUCAAUCCUCAGCACCUGUGUAAUGAAGAGGACCUGAAAUCUAUCCAGGACAUGUUUCCCAACAUGGACAGAGAAGUAAUCCGCUCAGUGCUAGAAGCUCAGAGAGGGAACAAGAAUGCAGCUAUCAACUCCUUGCUUCAGAUGACUGAAGAAUCAUAGAAUCACUUCCUGCGUUGUCCCUUUCCUCAAUGCCACUUAUUUUUACUUGCCAAGCCAGGGAUUUAGCUAGAGGAAGAAUUUCCUGCAGUUUGCUGUUAGUGCAUCCUGUAUUCAAGAAUAUAUCCCCUUUUCUCCUUGAGCAUUUGGAUCUUUUCACUUUCUUAUGCUAAACUGAGUAUGUGCAGGUAGAGAAUGUCCUACAAUACAGCGCUGAAACACCUUUGAUAUCAUCUGUGCCCUGUUUGGCUGUAUUCUGAGGGAAUAAUGCUGCUUUUUUCCCUUUCUCUCCCUCUGUUCAAAAACUUGUUCUUACAGAAUAACUCUAUGCAGUACAGGAUUUACUACUGUUUGGUAGAGUGGAAAAAUUGCUUUUCCAGUGGAGGGUUUGCUUUUUGAACAAUUUAUUUGCUGAAGUGUUUAGGUUUAACCAAGCAACCUGUUUAUAGCAGAAAUUAAAAGAAAGUCCUGCUCCUUGUCCUGUAGUGGUCAGUUAUUGCUGUGAGAUAUUCAACUGCUUGUGAUUGAUGGAAGACUUCUGGUUUAGUAUGUUAUAUUUCUAAGGUUGUGCUUGCUGGUAUUUCUAAUGAGCAUCUUCCCUUCAAUCUAGUUAUUGAGCACCAAAGCAGUAUAUUAUCUCGUGUCCACUUGGGGCUUUUAUCACACCAUAGAACAUGGUUAUAUAUCUGUAAAAUCUUAACAAAUGACUUUUUAACUUGUGCAGUCUACUGCUGUAGCAGAGAACAGAGUCCUGAUGUACUCCCACUGCAAAUUGCACUCAUUACUGCUUCUACAUUCCCAUGACUAUUUCAAAGGACAAACACAGAAGCACAGGAGGAAAGAUUUUGUGCCUAGAGAAUAAAUGAAAAAUUUAAGGUAUUGCUGUUGAUCUAAAAAAAAAAGUAGAAAUGUAUGAUCUGUUUAAGGCUUCUUUCUUCGCAUCUAUAUUUCAGCAAAACUACCAUUGUAUAUGAGUAGACAAACUAUUGUAUUUCUUUGUGCAAUUUGAAAGUAGAAGCAUGGAAAACAGUCUCAGAAUCUUUGAAUGUCACUGAGCUGCCCAAUGACUUGUUGAUUGUGGUUGCUGUGGUCACAGUGGUUGAGGUUGGAGGGCAUCUCUGAAGGUCAACUGGUCCAACCCAAUUUAUUUGAUACAGGUGGAAAUAAUUCUUUGUGGGAGAAAAUGUAACAUAUCUGACUUAGUCUGAUUCUCAGAGGAGGUUAGAGGUUGCUUGUAUUUAUUAUUGGUGGGUUUUUUUUCCAGAACAGUUCAUCUUGGAGCUGCAGAAUCUUACAGUAGGCACUGGUUAUCCUGGUGGAUAAUUUCCUGCAGUGUCUGUGUAGAUGACAAAGUAAUGCACUUUAAGUAGUAUGUACCAGGUAAUUAUUUCAGUGAUGUGCAAUGUUGCUGUUCUAUCUUUUUUUUAAUGUUUAAUUUCAGAUACUUUCUACAAUAGCCAUAAACUGUUACAUUUUCAAGAGUUGGAAUGAAUGUACACUUGGAAUCCAGGCUCUUAACUGAUUCAUGAGAACUGUGCAUUUAAACAGAGUCUGGAAUAGGGAAAAGUGACCCUUAUUCUCUUUUUCCUCAAACUCUGCUGCAUGUCACACACUUAAAAUAUUCUUUCAUAUCUGCUGAAAAGCUGAUUUUUUUUAUUUUUUUUUCCCUACCUACACAUAAGAAAUCUUUGGGUAGCACUGGUGGUAAAGUACGAAUAUUUAUUUUUUUAUAAUGAAAAAUGAUGGUGAAACUUUUAAAAUACAGUGCUUAAAUCUAUUCUGGUUCCUGAUCUUUUAAAGCUGUUUUUUUUCCAUAGUAAAGAAUUUUACAUUUUGUUACAAAUCUCCCUACGGUUGUAAAUUUACCCUUGAAAGCAUAAAUAUGCCUACACAUCCUCCAUGGUCUUAAUGAAAUCCAAGAGUACCUUUUUUGUGCUUUAGUAGUGGAGUCCCUGCAUUUUGUUUUUCUAAAAUAAAACAGGUGUUCAUCAAGAAACUCCUCUUGUACCUUCCCUCCAGUUUCUGUAAGUGUUGUGAUUGAAUAGGUGUGGAGGCAUUUGGCCUUUGUCUUCAUAGCACAGAGACUUGGCAUUGCCCAUGAGGGUAAAUAUUCAUUAAGUUUCAACUCUCAGCUAUGUCCAGGAAGACCUCCCCUGUGCUGGCUCUUCCUCAAAGCGAGUUGAUAGAGAUGUAAUAAUUCAGGGAAAAUGUAUCGAUUGGAUUUUCUUAUAUUAAAAUGCUGGGAUCCACAAUAACAGCUUUUUAUAAAAGCAGCAGUCACAGUUCAGUUAAUGGCUGGUAAAUUGUGCUGCAUCCUGUGACAGCUCCUUUUCAAGGACAGAACAAACAACUUCUCAACUCUAACCUUCAGAAGGAAUCAGAAUGCUAGGUUAGCUAGGCUUAUUCAUAAACUAGGUUCCAGGCCUCUGAGCAAGCUGUAGCUCCUGUUAAAUAUCUGUUGUUGUUAUGUCUUUGUUUUAUGCAAAUGUUAUGCAAAAUAGGGUAGGUAGGAGCUGACGACAGGAGAUUCAGGAGCAACGUGGCCAGUAGAUGGGAUUCAAGAUGUUAAACUGUAUUUAAAUACUGUUCUUGGGAUUUUUAUCUUGAUUUUACUUAUGUGUUAUAGCUGAAAAUUUUAUUUCAAGGUCGUCUUUUAAAAACAAACACUGACUGUGAUCCUGCUCAGCUUUUCAGCAUAAAUAGCCUCAGUCAAUCUGCUCAUUUAGGUCUGAAUUGGAAAGAGGUGGAAAAAAGGUGGGGAGUAGGUUGGCUUUCCUACAGUCUGAAAUGAAAGCGUUGGAACCAAAAGUCUGAUUCUUGAUAUAAAUUGUCACUGUUGUCGUAGCCUUUGACGAAAUGCUGGUGAGAUGAUACUGUUUGACACUGUGCUGCUCAGCAGCUUCAAGCAGCUCAGAGCCAAAGCCAGAUGUAAAAGCCUGGCGCCUGCUAGAAGUGAAUGCUUUUAGUACUAAUUUGAGUCCUGCCAAGAGCCUGAACUUGCUAAGAAUAGGAACAUUUUUUGUCUAGCUAGAUCCUUGCUGCUUUCUUCUCUACUGCUGUUUGCAUCUGUUGAUGGUACCGAAUGUUUUUUCCCUUACAAAUGUUACUGCUUGUUUGGUUGAUCUGUAAUACAAUACAGAGAAUGUUCUUUGCUGUAGUAAUUCUGAAGACAUUGUUUCUCUCUGUAUUGAGGUCCAGUGUCCAAAUGUUUAUUGCACUCUAGAAUACAUAAACUUUUUUGUUCUAAUUUAAUAAAUGUAUCAUCUAAAUGAAAGUGUA